CGGGUCUUCACUUUGAGUCAUUUAGAAGACGAGCGUGCAUCCCUGUUGUAAUUGUUUUGUGCUGAGUGAAUGGCUAGUUCAGUUGGAGGGAACUUAAGCUCGAGCGCGGGUGUGGAGUGGCACGUGCGUCCUCCAAACCCUAAGAACCCCAUCGUCUUCUUCAAUGUCACCAUCGGUAACAUUCCCGCCGGUCGAAUCAAGAUGGAGCUCUUCGCCAACAUUGCGCCCAGAAUUGCCGAGAAUUUCAGGCAGCUCUGCACUGGGGAGUACAGGAAAGUAGGACUGCCUGUUGGUUACAAGGGUUGUCAAUUUCAUAGAGUUAUUAAGGAUUUUAUGAUUCAGGCUGGUGAUUUUGUAAAGGGUGAUGGUAGUAGAUGUGAUGGAAAUCUAAUCCCCAAGGAUCCCUUUGGAAGAGAUAAGACCAAGAGGGGUGAAGGUUGAUCCAAGGAGGCUCACACUAGAAGACCAUUGGGCCUUUAACUAGGUCCAUGGUUAGGAGGCUA